AUGGAUCACGCCGAACCGGAGCCGGAGGCGGCAGAGCCGCCGGUCCAUGGCGUCCAUGGACCGAACCGGAUCCGGCCGUCGUCGUACCGGGCGCUGCGAAGCGCCGUGUCCAGUCUGGCCCGGAUAGACGACUUCUUCUGUGAGAAGAUCGGUUCGGGCUUUUUCUCUGAGGUUUUCAAGGUGCAGCACAGGAUCACAGGGCAGGUCAUGGCGCUGAAGAUGAACACGCUGGCCAGUAACCGAGCCAACAUGCUGCGGGAGGUGCAGCUCAUGAACCGGCUGUGCCACCCCAACAUACUCCGGUUUGUCGGGGUCUGCGUUCACGAGGGGCAGCUCCACGCCCUGACGGAGUACAUCAAUGGGGGUAACCUGGAGCAGCUGCUGGACAGUGAAGAGUAUCUCUCCUGGGCUGUGAGGAUGGACCUGUCCCUGGAUAUUGCGCGAGGGCUGCAGUACCUGCACAAUAAGGGCAUCUUCCACAGGGACCUCACCUCCAAGAACUGUCUGGUGAGAUGUGAGAAUGGGCUCUACAGCGUCGUGGUCGGCGACUUCGGCCUGGCAGAGAAAAUCCCCGACUACAGCGACGGCGUGGAGAAGCAGCCCCUGGCCGUGGUGGGCUCCCCCUACUGGAUGGCCCCCGAGGUGCUGCGAGGGGAACUCUACGAUGAGAAGGUGGACGUCUUUGCAUUCGGCAUCAUCCUCUGCGAGAUCAUCGCCCGGAUACAAGCCGACCCAGACUACCUGCCCCGCACCGAGGACUUUGGGCUGGAUGGGGAAGCCUUCCGGAACAUGGUGGGGGACUGUCCACCCUCCUUCCUGGACCUGGCCUUCUCCUGCUGCAACAUGUGUGCUGCCCAGCGGCCCCCCUUCAUCAAACUAGUGGCACAGCUGGAAAUCCUGCUUGUGGAGAAGGAAGAGCCUGUGACUCAGGCCCUUGCCAGCUGCCCCCGGCGACGGCGGUCCUUCUGUGCCCCGGGCGAUCAGGGGCUGUCCCGGAGCCAGUCGGACAUGCUGCCGCCUGCCGUGCCACCCACCUUGGGCACGCCCGCUCGGGUCAACCCUUUCUCCCUGCGCCAGGACCUGAACGGGGGCAAGAUCAAGCUUUUCGACACGCCCAGCAAAUCUGUCAUCUCGCUGACCUUCACCCUGCCGCCGCCCCCAGAGACCUGCGGCAGCCCCACCGAGGCGGAGCCCCCGCGGGGUUUACACCGGCGGUGCCAGUCGCUGCCCUGCACGCCCGACCUGAGGGGCGCGCCCUUGCUGGCUGCCAACCUCAGUCACGAUGCACGGCCAGAGGGCAUGGCGAUGCUGCAGGAUACAGACAGUGAGGAGGAGGAGGAGGAGGAAGGUGAGGCUCCGGAGAGGAAGGACGAGGCUGGUGAGGGUUUGCAUCGUACUAUGGAUGACUCGGGCGUCCCCCUGGACCUAGACAUGUCCCCCCUGGACCGGCUGGAGGAAGAGGGGGAAAUGGAGAAUUUGUGUCUUGUGGAGCCAAUGGACUGUACCAGCUCCCCCGAUGGUCCAGUCCCCAUCGCGGGAAAGCCCUCGCUCACCAACAGCCCGGUGAUGAAUGGCUGGGACCUGCCCAUCUCCAAUAGCCCCUCGUCCCUGUCUCCCCUUCCCCACCUGGAGAACAACAACAGCACCGUGGUGAUGAGCCGACCCCUGGGCUAUGGCGACAACGGGUACCACAGUCCGCCCGCGGGUGCGGCGCCCUUCCCGCUGCCCAGCUCUGGGGGAAGCGGCCUGGAGCAGGACGAGGUCAUUUCCUGUCCUGGCUGCUGCCUGGCAGGGCUGAGCUUCUCUUCAGUGUGUCUGCGCACUCCCCCACGAGCCCGGAACCCCCACCAUCCCUACAAGAACUUGAACGGCGACGCGGCACGGGGGCUGCUUGGCCACAGCGGCAAAAGCCUGGCCUCCUCCACAGGGUCAUCGGAGCCGGGGUUGGCCCUCCCGGGUGCUCAGACUUAGAUCGCCCCCUACUGGAUGGCCUGUGGAAGUCGCUUUCACACCACCUGUUAAAAAAAAAAAAAAACAGAAGAGAA